UCUGAGAACUAAACUGCCAAAGCCUAACACCACCUAGCAACAGUUGAAAAAACUUUUAAACAAAAGUCUGGGUGAGACACAGACAGAGUAUACCUCCUACUUCUCCUGCCUGGGAUUUCUGCGAGAAGCAGCUUUGGUUUUCUGUUCUCUACCCCAUUUCCUUCAUUACUUCAGCUGCUGGUAGACCUAGAAAAGUGGGAAAAGCUUCUCUCUUUGUGUUCUCCUGGGCUGGAUCAGUCUACUACUGUGGUAGUGCUGUGGGACAAGCUACUGUGAUCUUGCGGUGUAAAGGAUAUAUUCCUAGGUUCGUGUUGCUGACAGGGAGCAGCAGGGACCCCAGUCAGCCUCAGGUGGGAGCAGCAGAGCGAUGGCACAGGGACACCUCCACCCUCGACUCCCUCCUCUCCCCUCUGGACCUAGAUUCUAGCGAAGCCCCUGCUCUGGAAGCAUCCCUCGACACAGGUAGGGAUGAGAUCCCGAAACCAAGGUGGAGAAAGCUCGUCUAACGGGCACUUCUCCAGUUCCAAGCCUGUCAUCAGCCAUGCAGAAAAUGAAAAACUUCAGGAGGAUGCCAAGAAAAAGAACAAACCUCAUCGGAAGGAAGAUGAGGUCAUGGUUUCAGCAACUGUCAAACGGCACUCAAAAUCACCUGGACCUACUGAACGAAAGAACAAGAAGUCCAUAGAGCUUUCUAAAGAGGACUUGAUAAAACUCCUCAGUAUAAUGGAAGGAGAACUGCAGGCAAGGGAGGAUGUGAUCCACAUGCUGAAGACAGAGAAAACCAAACCUGAAGUUUUAGAAGCUCAUUAUGGGUCUGCAGCUCCAGAGAACGUGCUCCGAGUACUACACAGGGAUGCCAUCCUUGCCCAAGAAAAGUCUAUAGGGGAAGACGUCUAUGAAAAACCAAUUUCAGAGCUGGACAGACUUGAAGAAAAGCAGAAAGAGACAUAUCGGCGCAUGCUGGAACAGCUCCUGUUGGCAGAAAAGUGCCAUCGCCGCACAGUUUAUGAGUUAGAAAAUGAGAAACAUAAACAUACAGAUUACAUGAACAAGAGCGAUGACUUUACCAACCUCUUGGAACAGGAGCGGGAGAGGUUGAAGAAACUUCUUGAGCAGGAGAAGAUCUAUCAAGCCCGGAAGGAGAAGGAACAUACAAAGCGGCUCAAUAAACUAAGAGAAGAACUAGUCAAGCUCAAAUCAUUUGCACUCAUGCUGGUGGAUGAAAGACAAAUGCAUAUUGAACAACUUGGUCAACAAAGCCAGAAAAUACAGGACUUAAAUCAAAAACUAAAGGAAGAAGAAGAAAAGCUUAAAAUUAUUAGUGCAAAAACAAAAGAAGAUGGACAAAAACUGAUGAAGUUAGAGGCAGAACUUGAACAUAAAACAUCAUCAUUUUCUCAGGAGCAUGAGGAGAUGACUGCUAAACUGGCUAAUCAAGAAUCGCAUAAUAGACAGCUAAGGCUGAAGCUAGUUGGGUUGACUCGCAGAAUAGAGGAGCUAGAAGAAACUAACAAAAAUCUUCAAAAAGCUGAGGAGGAACUUCAAGAACUAAGAGAUAAAAUAGCGAAAGGGGAAUGUGGGAACUCUAGCUUAAUGGCAGAAGUGGAAAACCUCCGCAAGCGUGUGCUUGAAAUGGAGGGGAAAGAUGAAGAGAUCACAAAAACUGAAUCCCAGUGUAAAGAGCUAAAAAAUAAACUGCAAGAGGAGGAGCACCAUAGCAAAGAGUUGAAACUUGAAGUGGAAAAAUUGCAGAAAAGAAUGUCAGAACUAGAGAAGCUGGAAGAGGCUUUCAGUAAAAGUAAGUCUGAAUGUACCCAGCUACACUUAAACUUAGAGAAAGAAAAGAAUUUGACUAAGGAUUUGAUAAAUGAGUUGGAAGUGGUGAAGACUCGAGUGAAAGACCUUGAGGCAUCAGAGAGCAAGUUGGAAAAGGCUGAAAUAAGCUUAAAAGAUGACCUUACAAAGCUGAAGUCAUUUACUGUAAUGUUGGUUGAUGAACGAAAAAAUAUGAUGGAAAAAAUAAAACAGGAGGAAAAAAAGGUUGAGGGUCUAAACAAGAAUUUUAAAGUUGAACAAGGGAAAGUUAUGGAUGUAACAGAGAAACUGAUAGAAGAAAGUAAGAAAUUUUUGAAACUGAAAUCUGAAAUGGAAGAUAAAGUGUCUAGUUUGACAAAGGAAAGAGAUGAGUUAAUUGGCAAACUGAGAAGUGAAGAAGAAAAAUCCUCUGAACUAAGCUGUAGAGUUGACCUGUUAAAGAAAAGAAUUGAUGGUAUGGAGGAAGUAGAAAGAGAAAUUACAAGAGGUCGAACCAGGAAAGGACCAGAGCAUGGUUGUCAUGAGGACAACAAGAUUAAAGAACUUACUGUUGAAAUUGAAAGACUGAAAAAACGUCUCAAACAACUGGAAGUGGUUGAAGGAGAUUUGAUGAAGACAGAAGAUGAAUAUGAUCAGCUAGAACAGAAAUUUAGGACUGAGCAGGAUAAAGCUAACCUACUUUCUCAACAGCUGGAGGAGAUGAAGCUCCAGAUUGCUAAAACUAAAGCAAUAGAAAAAGGUGAAGCAGUAAGCCAGGAGGCAGAGCUGAGGCACAGGUUUCGUCUGGAAGAGGCCAAAAGCAGAGAUUUGAAAGCAGAAGUUCAAGCUCUUAAGGAAAAAAUCCAUGAGCUGAUGAACAAAGAAGACCAGCUUUCUCAGCUCCAAGUCGAUUAUUCCGUUCUGCAGCAAAGGUUUAUGGAAGAAGAAAAUAAAAACAAGAGCAUGGGGCAGGAAGUUCUGAACCUAACAAGAGAGCUGGAACUUUCUAAGCGUUACAGCCGUGCUCUGAGGCCCAGCAUAAAUGGACGAAGAAUGGUCGAUGUUCCCGUGACGUCCACCGGCGUGCAAACAGAUGCUGUAAGCAGUGAAGCAGCAGAAGAAGAAACUCCAGCAGUGUUUAUAAGGAAAUCCUUCCAGGAAGAGAAUCAUAUCAUGAGCAAUCUGCGACAGGUAGGUCUGAAAAAACCCAUGGAGCGUUCUUCAGUGCUCGAGAGAUAUCCUCCAGCAGCGAAUGAACUUGCAAUGAGGAAAUCUUGGAUACCAUGGAUGAGGAAGAGGGAAACUGGGGCUCAGGCAACUCCUGAUAAAGGAGCCCGAACUCACAGCAGUCCAGCGCAUCCCGGGGAGGUUGUCCUUUCACCAAAGCAGGGUCAACCUCUUCAUAUUCGGGUGACACCAGACCACGAGAACAGCACAGCUACUUUGGAGAUAACCAGUCCAACCUCAGAGGAAUUUUUUUCAAGUACCACUGUCAUUCCUACUUUGGGAAAUCAGAAGCCACGAAUAACCAUCAUUCCAUCUCCAAAUGUUAUGCCCCAAAAAGGGAAAGGCAGUGAAAGUCCCAUGGGCCCAGAUCGUUCUAUGUCUCCAGUCACUAUAACAACAUUCUCCAGGGAAAAGUCCCCAGAGGGAGGGAGAGCACCCUUCGCCGACAGACCUGCAUCGCCAAUUCAGAUUAUGACGGUAUCAACAUCUGCAGCACCGGCAGAAAUCUCUGUCUCUCCGCAGUCACAAGAUAUGACCAUGGGAAGGGCUGUCUUCAAAGUAACACCGGAAAAACAAACUGUCCCGACUCCAAUCCGCAAGUACAAUGCCAACGCCAACAUUAUUACAACAGAAGACAACAAAAUCCACAUCCACUUAGGUUCCCAGUUUAAACGCUCUCCCAGUGCUGCACCUGAUGGUGCAAGUCCUGUGAUAACAGUCAGACCGGUGAACAUAGCAGCAGAGAAGGAAGUUGUGACCGGUACUGUCCUUCGAUCGCCCCGCAACAACCUGUCCUCGCGACCUGCACCAAGCAAGGUGACAAGUACUAUCACUAUAACGCCUGUUACAACGUCUUCCACCCGAGGAACACAAUCAGUGACAGGACAGGAUGGGUCAUCCCCGAGACCUACACCCACCCGCAUUCCUGUGUCAAAAGAGAGUGUCAUCAUUCACCAGUUACGCAUGAACUCUAGAUGAGUUUCCGCCCCCACUAUAUGCUCUCUGUGUGCACUACCCUCCUUGCCAGCUGGAUGGAUCACUGCAGAAGCUCUCUACCAUCAACACCAGGGUCACUUGUGCUACUGAUUCUUCGUGGAAGUAUUUAUUGCUUCCAUUAGAUUUUAUAUAUUUUUUCUUGGUAGAGCUUUAAGAAUGAAGGGCCUUGCUGGAAUUUUGAAAGUACAUAGUCAGAGGGAGGGAAGCAGUCUUUCUGCCAGCUGAAUUUCACUUUUAUUUGCAAAGCCUAAGGCACGUGCUUGAUUUUGUUUGAUGUUUGCCAUAUAAUUUAUUUUUAUAAUACACUUUGUAAAGUAACUGUCCCAAAGUUGCAAUUCCUGUUGUCCAUGGCGCAUUUAUUUGUAUAAUACACUGUCAAAUUUGCAAUUUGAUAUUUUUGUAAUAGAGAGUAUGUAAAGAAAGAAAAAUUUAACGUCAGCAAUGUUUUGUGUUUAAAUGGAAAAAUACUCAGCACAUUUUAUUGCCACCAUGAGAUUCUGUGAGACUAAAUACUCUGAAGACUGCUGUAUGGAAUUUGUACUAUUGCAGAAUUUUUCUUGCACUGUGUGAUGGUUUGGCAUAAAAUUAAGUAUUAAAGUCCAAUGCCUUGAAAUGCAACCAGAUUUACUCAUUUUAAACAAUGUAAGCCAGUUUUUAAAGCUGUGAUUUUUUUUCUAUAUAAUGUAUGUUUUUACUUCUGCCUGUACCAAAAAAGUUGAUUUUCAUUACACUGUAACUAAUAAAUUUUCACAACUAUGCAAAUGUAAUCAAGUGUUUGAAUUUUAACUCUAAUUUCUUAAGGUUGACAGUACUCAUAUAUGUAUUUUUUUAUAGGGACAGAAGGUACGGCUUUGGAAGUUCCUUUUUCUGAGUGGUAUUUCACUGCGGUAUCAACCGUGAUGUAAAACUGAUUCAGAUAUUAAGAUAUAGAGAGGGAUCUAUCACCAAGCCCUUAAUGACUUAACCAUUUCUAACCUUGCGCUUUCACUGCAUAGGCAGAGCUGUCCGAUUGGUAUGGUCAGAAUAUUUAAUCCAGGACUAAAAGGACUGUAUAAACAAGAUGCCAUGCACUCUGCCAUACGCUGAAGGGUGCGUUUUACACUGGUGGCUGUAGCUUUUCAAGUAGCAUCCAGAGAGUCCUGUGGCAGCUAUACUUAAAAUCAUUUUUGAAUGAGUUAUAUAUGAAGCUGGAUACAACCCAGGCAGGGUCUUUUUUCUUAUAAUGAAUUAUUUUUAAUCUAAGUCAUUGGCACAUAUUUAAAAUACUGCAGAUUUUUUAAUUGCAGAAGCUACUGGGAGAAACUACUUUUUGGAAGGGAAAAGGGUGUUGCUUGCAGGAGAUAUACUGUGGGACGCCAGAAAGAGUGCAUUCACUCAGCAUCCCACGGAGAUGAGGAGGCCAGUUCAUUUUUGAAGCUGUAAUAAUGCACUGCUAUGCAGUCAGUUUGAUCUUCAUGGUUUAGUUUGCUUGCCAGCCAUGGGAGCUGUUUUUUUCUUCUAGCUACGAGUUCUGCAGCAAAUGCUGACAUUGUAGAGAGGGAAGAUACUCUGGGACCUAUAUAAACUUUGUUGGAGUUGAUCGGCAUUGUAAAGAGUUUGCUAAUACAGCUGUACUGAGUAAUCAAAAUAUAUGCUGCUUAUCCUUGUGAAAGAGUCAUUUUGUUGGUAUAGUUUAUACUUCAGCAUAUACUUCAGCUAGUGCACCCAGUUUUUUGAGUGGGUUUUUUUUCCUUACAUCAGAUAAUAUAUGCCAAUAGCAUAGCUCUGUCUGUAGAUCAGAUUUUAGAGUGAGUCAAGAAGAAUUCCAGCUUUCAGAGACUAAUACAGCUGAGGUGAAUGAAGUUUGCUAUGUGCCACAUUUCAAUUUACUGCACAGUACAAUGAACAUUGUAAUGACCCAGAUAUUCUAGUUUCAAAGCAAUACUUGGGAAUCAAAACUUAACCAUGUUAAUAACUACAUUGAGCUUAUCUGGAAUGAAAUUGUCAGCUAUUUGAAAGUGACAGUGAUAGGCCUGAAAUAAACUUCAGCUUUUAAAUAUGAGUAAGAUAUAAGUAAUAUCUUAUUCUGAAGUUGAGUCUAGCUUUAAAAGCUCCCAAUCAAAGUAGAAAAUAUUUUUACUUGUCUAGAUUUUAAUAUAAAGACGAUUCAGUAUAAGUGUAUGUAUAAGUUGUCCCCUUUUCGUUUAUGAGUCCUAAACAAAUAUAUAAACUUUUAUGGUUUCGCAAAUACAUUAAGUUUUUAAGCUUUACAAAAUAAAGGUUUGU